GUGGGUGACAUCGUCAGGUCAGUUGGCCCCGAGUUCCGCAGCCAGACCCUGGGCACAGGGCCAAGUCCAGUGAGGGGCAGAAGUUAUGAGACCGCCAUUCAGGUGCCCUUUACUAAAAAGUCUGUCUCUAGAAAGCAUUAUUUUUUUGUUUUUUUUGUGAACCAAAGCAGACGUCUUAGGCUACUCUCUUUAUGUUUAGGUUUAUUUCAACAUCUUGGUACACGCAGACACAUACAGAAAAUGUGAUAUCAUACAAUAUAUAAACACAAGUAAAUGAAUGUCACUGACGGUUCAUACAGUAUCCCUCAUCUCUCAUUUCUGGUGUUGUGUCCGGGCAAUUUUAAGUUAAGCAUAGGCCUGCUUAACUUUCUCAGUCAAAAAGUGAUUAAUUGAUCAUAAUUUAUCAGUGGAACGAUGGGACAACAGAAGCAUUGUCGUUGGGCCUGAUCUGUAAAUGUCAUGCAACAUAACCCCCAAAUUCCUGCUGUAUAUUCUUAAGAGUCACAGGGGUCCUCUUCAAUUGAAAACCACAGGCUGUCUCGGGGUCUUCCUAAGGUCAGCCUGAGUGAUGGGGAUAGGGGGAAACUGUGGACCACUUGGCCAGCCAGACCAUGGGCAAUGCCAAAAAGUUCCAUUGCCAAAAUAUUUACCUCAUUCUGCGCAGUGGAUUUUUUUAUGAGAGCACACUUCACAUGCAGAAUUGUAUGACUUUUAGAGUUGCCAGCAUGGGUACUUUCUGAAGGUGACUGAAGGGAUGUAGGCUAGAACAAACCCCUUGUGCAGUAAAGCCUGUUCCUGAGCCACAGCAUUGCAUAUGGUGACACAUUGCUGUAGCCUAACCUGGAUGGGGCAUACUGUGGGCUGGUCAUGAUAGACUACUAGACGCCUUCCUCUUCAAUGGAUGAUCCAGAAUUCGCUGAGGAGCUAUCACACCUAGAUGGGGCUCAGAGAGAGUUGAGAUAGGCUAGAUGUAGGCCUAGCUUUCAAUCAUUAUUUGAGGUAGUUAACCUUUUUGACUUGUCUUUUGAGUUGCCACUUGCCAAUUGCUAGGAAGUGGACUCAUGGAGCCUGUUUGAAUAGAUGAAUUGGAAAAUGGGGCCGUGGAAGUAAAGAAAAAUGUGCGCAUCUGGAAGGAUGUUAUUUGCAACAAUAUUGUCAUGUUGCCCACCUGCCUUGUGCAUACAGUUGUAACUGCGCGCCACAUGAGUCAACAGGUGAAGAAACAGUCAGUGCAAUUCGGGUUCCUUGGGACUUCCAUACCCUUGGGUUAGGGUUUAUGGUUAGGGUUAGGGUUUAUGGACAUCCCAAGGAACCCCGAUAGCACUGACCAUAAAGAAACCCCUGGCUCUGCUGCCAUGUUUUUUGCAGGUUGCUUUCUUGCCAAUGUCAAGUUUUGGUGGUUAAAUAAUACUUCAUAAUAAAUGUGAAAAAAGUUUCGUUUAAAAAAUUAGGCUUUAGCCUAUAGGCUAUGACUUAUUUUCAUCAUUUGUCUUAGUCAUGGCGGAUUGAUGCCUCAACCGAUGAGAGAAACUAUUAAGUUGCACUAGUGGUUAUUUAGGCCUAGUAAGAGUUUACAGCUCAACAAUAGUUUGAAGACUUUAAGGCUGUCUUUGAAGAGAGUUGAACAUUUUACCCUCUAUUCGCCUGGUUGGGAACUGUGUGCAGUUUGAGAGCACGUGAGAAAAUGGGAGAGCAGAGGCUGAGAGACAAAUUGUUGUUUUAGAACUGGGCGGCGCUAUCUCUCUGUCCCACCACUCGACUGAUGUACCCGAACUUGGAUGUCCGACACCUGAUCCGUUCGGUCGCUCCAUAGACUAGGCAGGGAAGUACCAAAGUGAUCCAAUAAACAUACAAAUGCGAUGCAAUUAACGAAGGACUCGGUGGAAGAGUAGGAGUUUACAAUUAUAUCCCAGGGGAAUAGUGCGGAAUGCUGAGAAUGAUACGAGUUUGAUGGGACGGGAGAUUUUGGAGCUCCAUGCCCAAAUGGCCAAUUAUCUGCAGAGCUGUUCGAAUUUGGUUUUCACGUUGUGAUACGCACCGCGUUCUGGUUCAGAGGAAGGAUAGCCUACUCAUGCAUUCUGCAUGAAAACACCUGAAUAAGGUAGCUCUCAACAUUGAGUGUAGGCUACCAUUGACUGUCAACUCUAAAAAGACUACAGGUUCCAAUGGGGCACAGGAAGCAGAAGUUGAGUUCGCACAAGGGCUUCGUUCGCGUGUUUGAGAUGCGCGGAACUCGUCCAAUACUUUUUCUACUAGUGCUGAUGUUGGUAGGAUUGGAUGGGGUCGGCGGACUCCCGACGUGUAGAAGUAAAACGGUAAGUGGGCGGCUACACAUGGAAAUUAUUAAAAUUAAUAUUUAGACUGUGUGCGCGACUCAACAAGCCCAGUAUUUGCUUUUAAUGUAUUGUGUUUUGGUAUCGUUUUUUUACCGACUGUAAAAAAUAAGGGUUUUAAGUAGGCUACACUUAUUAUGACAUUUUUCUGGUUUGAUCCUAAUGCAUUUUUGUGCAUGUUUAUUAUUUGAUCGGUGUUACAAUAGCCUAGAAUAGGGGAAUAAGUGGGAAGAAAGAAGAAAAGAAAGUAAGGAGUGGUUUAAGUGGUGAGGGGAGGGCUGGAGGAGAAUGCUUCUGCUCACAUGUGGGUGACAGAUAUUUUAGCACAGAGCGAUGGAUAGAUAGAGAGGUACUGUCAAGGGAUGAGAGCAGAGGAGGAGGGUUCCACAUCUGUGUAGGAUUAAGUUGUGAUUUCUGUUCUCUUUUGCACUUGUGCCACGUGUGCUUUUUUUUUUUCUUCCUAGAGGAGGCCAGACAUGCUCCCUUUUGCCAGGAAGCCUGAAAAAUGCAAUGACUUAUCUUGACUUUCAUUCAUUCCUUUUAACUCCUAGUGGAAGAAAUGUGGAGAAAUAGAAUGAACAACUGAAAUAACUAUUUUGUCUUCGGAGGGUAGUUGAAAUCCUCUCCCAGUUGCUGAUUCAACAUUUUGUCAUCAUUGAAGUGAUUUUUGUCCUGUCCAGUGGCGAUUUUAGCAUGUAAAUCUUGGUGGGACAAACUCCACAUUUUGUUGUUGUUGAUGCAUGCCAGCAAAGCCACUACACAACACAACACUCAACAAUACAUUCAUUUAACGGUGCCCACCAACUGUUAGGGCCUACAUAAAGCUGUCCCAACAGCAGAGCUUUCUUUCUUCACCAUGGAGUGAAUCCUUACCACUGCUACACCUGGCUAUCAGUGGAGCCUUGUCUGGCAGCAAAACAGUUCAUUCAGCCUCAUUUACUGCCUUUAAAAAAAAAUAGCUGACAUGUCUGACUUGCUUAAACAAAUGUGGUUUCUACUGACAAUUGAGAUGUACAAACUAUGGCAUAAGGGGACGACGUGGAGAAGAGGCAAUCCGUAAUUUCGAUUAAGACAUUCAUGAGCAAUCUUGGACGGACGUAGUCAAUAUAACUAUUUGUUCAGCGACAGAAUUCUGAACAUUCUUACAGUAUUCUCCCUGUACACCAAGUCAGAACCGUAGGAUAAAUAAAGGGGACAUAUAAACAGACAAUGAAAGCUCUUACAAUAUUCUAUGAUGACAUUUCUCUAAAACAGGCUAUAGGCUACAUGUGCACCACCAAGUCAGAACAGUAGGAUAAGUUAUGAGGGGGAAAUGGACCAAAUGUUUAUAGUGAGGCACAUGGGCUACUAACAGCUUACUACGCAACAUACCCUUAGUAUUACUUUCUUAGCUACAGUAUACAGUGGGGAGAACAAGUAUUUGUUACACUGCCGAUUUUGCAGGUUUUCCUACUUAAAAGAAAAUCACAUUGUAUGAUUUUUAAGUAAUUAAUUUGCAUUUUAUUGCAUGACAUAAGUAUUUGAUCACCUACCAACCAGUAAGAAUUCCGGCUCUCACAGAGCUGUUCGUUAUUCUUUAAGAAGCCCUCCUGUUCUCCACUCAUUACCUGUAUUAACUGCACCUGUUUGAACUCGUUAACUGUAUAAAAGACACCUGUCCACACACUCAAUCAAACAGACUCCAACCUCUCCACAAUGGCCAAGACCAGAGAGCUGUGUAAGGACAUCAGGGAUAAAAUUGUAGACCUGCACAAGGCUGGGAUGGGCUACAGGACAAUAGGCAAGCAGCUUGGUGAGAAGGCAACAACUGUUGGCAUAAUUAUUAGAAAAUGGAAGAAGUUCAAGAUGACGGUCAAUCACCCUCGGUCUGGGGCUCCAUGCAAGAUCUCACCUCGUGGGACAUCAAUGAUCAUGAGGAAGGUGAGGGAUCAGCCCAGAACUACACGGCAGGACCUGGUCAAUGACCUGAAGAGAGCUGGGACCACAGUCUCAAAGAAAACCAUUAGUAACACACUACGCCGUCAUGGAUUAAAAUCCUGCAGCGCACGCAAGGUCCCCAUGCUCAAGCCAGCGCAUGUCCAGGCCCGUCUGAAGUUUGCCAAUGACCAUCUGGAUGAUCCAGAGGAGGAAUGGGAGAAGGUCAUGUGGUCUGAUGAGACAAAAAUAGAUAUUUUUGGUCUAAACUCCACUCACCGUGUUUGGAGGAAGAAGAAGGAUGAGUACAACCCCAAGAACACCAUCCCAACCGUGAAGCAUGGAGGUGGAAACAUCAUUCUUUGGGGAUGCUUUUCUGCAAAGGGGACAGGACGACUGCACCGUAUUGAGGGGAGGAUGGAUGGGGCCAUGUAUCGCGAGAUCUUGGCCAACAACCUCCUUCCCUCAGUAAGAGCAUUGAAGAUGGGUCGUGGCUGGGUCUUCCAGCAUGACAACGACCCGGAACACACAGCCAGGGCAACUAAGGAGUGGCUCUGUAAGAAGCAUCUCGAGGUCCUGGAGUGGCCUAGCCAGUUUCCAGACCUGAACCCAAUAGAAAAUCUUUGGAGGGAGCUGAAAGUCCGUAUUGCCCAGCGACAGCCCCGAAACCUGAAGGAUCUGGAGAAGGUCUGUAUGGAGGAGUGGGCCAAAAUCCCUGCUGCAGUGUGUGCAAAUCUGGUCAAGACCUACAGGAAACGUAUGAUCUCUGUAAUUGCAAACAAAGGUUUCUGUACCAAAUAUUAAGUUCUGCUUUUCUGAUGUAUUAAAUACUUAUGUCAUGCAAUAAAAUUCAAAUUAAUUACUUAAAAAUCAUACAAUGUGAUAUUCUGGAUUUUUGUUUUAGAUUCCGUCUCUCACAGUUGAAGUGUACCUAUGAUAAAUAUUACAGACCUCUAAAUGCUUUGUAAGUAGGAAAACCUGCAAAAUCGGCAGUGUAUCAAAUACUUGUUCUCCCCACUGUAUCUAUGCAGCAGCAUACAAUACAUUUUUGGACUCACCUUGUUGUGCUGUGGUCACUUGAACAGGAAGGUGGUGCGGCGGUCCUUGUGGGCAACUUUUGUCAUCAAACGUUGUCAUCAAAGUCUGGCAUUCUCUGGAUUUAUGGUGGUUUCAAGACAACUGGGAACUCGGACAAAAACAAGGUCGAAUCAUGACGUCAGUGAUCUUCAGGUUUGAGCUCUAGAAAGAGGCCCGAGUUCCCGACUUGGAAUUCCGAGUUGGAUGACCUUUCAAAACGUAUUUUCUCAGUCGGAGCCGAGUUCCCAGUUGUCUUGAACUCACUGAAGUCUGAGAUUUCCCAGUUCAGAGUUUCCAGUUGUUUUGAACGCGGCAGAAGUCAUGCUGGAUUAACCUUUUCACAUGUGAGUUCCAAAUAUCUCGUAACGGUCGCCCCAGCGUGAGUAUGCACGUGAUGUCAGAAUGCACUCACUGUUCCAAAAUGUGAUUGUUACACAACAGGACAGUAAACACACGCUGCCUGCUAAUUAUCUAUAGGCUAUGUUUCAACUUGUCAAUUUCAAAUUAUUUUCUAACAAGUUUUAUUUUCUAAUAACAGUUUGAAUUGAGGUGUGUUGGGCCUCCUCAUUAUUUCACAUAGAAGUAGCCCAUUUCAGUGUUGCGGACAAUUUAUGUUUGAGGCUUUACUGAGCUGGACAAACUUCUCUCUUCCAGGAGAGCCCAAUCACUUCCCUAGUUUUUCCGCAGAUCAAGUUUGCAGACAUUUGCACAGUCUUGCACGAACUGGCACAUUUUCUGGUUGGCAUUUACAGUUUUAUUCACGUUUUCAAGUACUGGUGACAGCUAUUGCAUUCCGAUUAUUGCAUAGAUUGUAAUGGACUCCUAUGAUGUGUGUAAAAUACUUUUUUGAAGGUUGUACUGAUUACAAUGAGCUAAUGCUAAGCUAUUUGCCAGCUAUGUGUGGCGCCAUGUUUGUUGACAUUAUGCAAUGCAUUCUGGGUGUCACGUAAACGUCUGUCAGACCAAAGAUGUUAUACUGAGGUGAAGGAAUGGUUCUCUCAUCUUUCGAGUAAACUUCCAGAAGUGAAUGAAGGGAAGUGAAUGAUCCUAGAAGACACACCCCCUUCAACAUGCAUACUGCAAACAGACCAAACUCAUCUUGUCUCCUCUUAUUAUCUUUGGUUGAAGCAUCAAAACAAACAUGGCGGCGUGCACAAACUACCCGUCAUCGGAUUACUUUCGAUUACUAGAAAGUGUUUUACUCAAUUAUUUUUAUCAAUGGUGAGCUCACCCGUGAUGUGAUGAAUUAUAAAUAGUAAUUGCUAUUAGCUAAUUCAUAUUGUGGUUUCUGUCAGCCGAGAGUUCUCUAAAUAUGACCUCUUGUGUUACGUCAAUCUUUCCUCAGUUAGCCUAGGACUAAUGUAGCCUACAUUUUUCGAUUUGGAUGAUUGUGUAUGUUGUCGCUACUUCUGUGAAUGUCUGAACAUUGCAUCCAAAAAUAAACUGGUCACAUUCAGGACAUAACUUUGUAAGGACUGUGUUUGUGCGAAAUGUUUCUGUGAAAAAAAACUAAGUGGCUAGCUCAAAUGCUGACUGUUGCGUCAAUUGAAACUGGACGUUCUAAAUAAGUGUUCUAAUCACACCGGUUUGAUCGUACGCUGCAGGGACCACUGUAGAAUGAUCACACCCGUUUGUUGGUACGUGUGAAAAGGUUAACAGCAUGGCCAAUGUAUUUCAACCUUUGCUGGCCCAUGGUGUUGAAUAUUUAUAAUUUUAUGCUUAGAAAAGAGACCCUUAAACCCAGACUUGGACCACACACCCACUCCACUGAAUAGCAGGCUAGUGAUUGCUUUGCACCGCUUGCAGUUAGCCUUUGAUUCCUUCCAAACCACUCAUAGUUGAAUUUGCGAUUUCCAACUUGUUGUGUAAUGUUUAUGUCCAAUGGCCGAUGAGCAUGGAUACAUUUUAUCUAUUAUUUAUCUUCAAGGAUUGAAAAGGAUUUGCCAGUAGAUUGUCAACGUGAUUCAUGAUGAUGACUGCUUGUCUAGCUUGCUAGCUAAGAUUUUGAAAGUAUGAUGUUGACAUGGUCAGUCCAAUCAAAGCUACGGUACAUAUAACAUGAUUUGACGUCAUUUUAUCUGUGGCCAAUGACCUUGAGCCUUCUUGGAUGGGCACUUCUAAUGUAACUCUAUGGCAGCACCCAAGGGGCUUGAAUUUUCGAAAUAACAUGCAAAACAGGUGGGGCCCUGCCCUCAAUGACGGGUCACCAUUGGUCCUGUCUUGUUUCACAGGCUCCUGCUCAUUUGUUCUUUGUCUCAGGCACUGUACCAUUCUCUCUACUGCAACAUACUGACUGUGCAAAGCUUCUCUCUCUCUCUCUCUCUCUCUCUCUCUCUCUCUCUCUCUCUCUCUCUCUCUCUCUCUCUCUCUCUCUCCUACACACACACACACACUGUUUUCACCUCCAUGGUCAUGUCAUGCUCCUCUUGUCACCUCUAAUAAUCUCUCUCUCUCUCUCUCGCUCUCGCUCUCUCUCUCGCUCUCUCUCAGGGAGCUGGUGGGCUGUCUGUGGAGUCCCUGAGCUCUGUGAAACAUCAUCCUGUGACGGGAGCGGCAUUGAGCCGCUCCAAACGCUACGCCAUCAACCCACUGGGCCACAAGUGGAAGCAUUUCAACCUCACCUACAAGUGAGACCCUGAAUCCCAAUUCAGACCCUUGUCCCCACUCCCUAGGCACUUUAGGAGAUCUGAGAGGAUUGGAUAUUCAGUGCCUUCAGAAAGUAUUCACACCCAAUGUUCCUUCUAAUUUUUUUUGGGCACUGAGCAAAUUUCAGGUCUGCUGAGCGUAAACUUGAACGUUAUAAAAAUAAAUUGGUGCAACUUACUGUGAACACUGAGGCUGUACCUGCUUUAAGUUACAGUUUCAGACAGUGGUCAAGUAGGCUACUGUGGCUAUUUGAUCAUAAUGUAGGCCUAUCAGAGUUUCCUAUCAUCAAAAACAAUGGACAAAAUGCAUCCCAUAACAUUUUAACAUGGAAAUAGCCAUUCAAUCUACAGUAGCAGCCAAUGUGUGGGGUUCAAUGUAGGCCUACAUUCCAUGAGCAUUUGAAAAAAACAUGCAGGGCUUGACAUUAACCUGUUUAUCCACUUGUCCUUCAGACAAGGAGGUGACUGAAAAUGUUAUUGUGUUGUUUGAUUCAAAUAAAAUGCAUUAUUAUUCCCAUACCAUUAUUACAGAAAUUCAGACAAAUGAUGCUACCCGUAGCUUAUUCAAGCCUGUCUCAAAAUAUAACACUGCCCCUUUAAUACAAAAAAAACCUCUUUACCUGACUUGCUUUUGAAAGAUGUCUAGAAAUGUACAAGUUUUGUGCUCUUGUAGAAAGCAAUCCACUCCCCCAUUGCUGACUACAAAUUAUCUAUAACUGGGCUAAUAACUCACUAACUAGCAAAGGAUAUGAAAAAAUGUGCACACGUGGCUACAUGCAGCUCUCGCUUUGAUCUCAAAACAAGCGCAUCUACUCACGACCGCUCAUGCUGUAAACACAGUCCAGUUCAAAGUGAAUGGCACAGAUCCAUAAAUGGCAACGGUCUAUUUGCAUAUAGGCCUACUGCAGCUCUGAUUGGUUAUGCCGCACUGGUCUGUGUAGAGUACGGGCUGAAUCCUACUCCGAUGCGUUCUACCUACAACAAAAUCUCUUGAAUAGUUCAUUUUGUUUUGUUAUGUUGCAUUGAAAGUAGCUAAUAUUGCAUCGAGUCGAUCACAAUUCCCACAGUAAAGGGAAACGUUGAUAGUGUUAACUAAGGGGAAAACUGUAGAAAGUUUGUUGUGUUAUAGUCUGAAUGUAAAAUCGAUUAAAUUGAGAUUUUGUGCCACUGGCCUACACACAAUAAUGUCAAAGUGGAAUUAUAUUUUUUAGAAUUGUUUUACAAAUUAAUUACAAAUGAAAAGCUGUAAUGUUUUGAGUCAAUUCAACCCCUUUGUUAUGGCAAAUAACAAGUCACAUAAUAAGUUGCAUGGACUCACUGUGUGUAACCACAAAGACCAGGGAGGUUUUCCAAUGCCUCGCAAAGAAGGGCACCUAUUAGUAGAUGGGUCAAAAUUAAAAAGCAGACAUUGAAUAUCCCUUUCAGCAUGGUGAAGUUAUUAAUUACACUUGAUGGUGUAUCAAUACACCCAGUCACUACAAAGAUACAGGCGUUCUUCCUAACUCAGUUGCAGGAGAGGAAGGAAACCGCGCAAGGAUUUCACCAUGAGACCAAUGGUGACUUUAAAACAGUUACAGAGUUUAAUGGCUAUGAUAGGAGAAAACUGAGGAUGGAUCAACAACAUUGUAGUUUACUCCACAAUGCUAACCUAAUGACAGAGUGAAAAGAAGGAAGCUUGUACAGAAUACAAAUAUUCCAAAACAUGCAUCCUAUUUACAAUAAGGCACUAAAGUAAAACUGCAAAAAAUGUGCCGUUAUGUUUGGGGCAAAUACAACACAACACAACACAUCACUGAGUACCACUGUUCAUAUUUUCAAGCAUGGUAGUGGCUGCAUCAUGUUAUGGGUAUGCUUGUCAUUGGCAAGGGCUAGGGAGUUUUUUAGAGGAAAACCUGGUUCAGUCUGCUUUCCAACAGACAUUGGGAGACAAAUUCCCCUUUCAGCAGGACACUAACCUAACACACAAGGCCAAAUAUACAAUGAUCAACAACCAACUUGACAGAGCUUGAAGAAUUUGUACAAUCCAGGUGUGCAAAGCUCUUAGAGACUUACCCAGAAAGACUCACAGCUGUAAUCGCUGCCAAAGGUGAUUCUAACAUGUAUUGACUCAGGGGAGUUAAUAUGUAUGUAAAUGAGAUAUUUCUGUAUUUCAUUUUCACAAAAUUUUCACAAAUCUUUUUCCUAAAAACAUCUUUCACUUUGUCAUUAUGGGAUAUUAUGUGAAGAUGGGUGAGAACAAACAUCUAUUUAAUCCAUUUUGAAUUCAGGCUAUAACACAACAAAAUGUUGAAUAAGUCAAGGGGUAUGAAUACUUUCUGAAGGCACUGUAGAUAAGAAAUAUGGCAGCAAUUCCACCUAACCUAUUAGUGGGCAAGAUGGAGGUUCCACCAUAUUGCUGAUACCUAUCCAAUCCUCUCAGAUGUAGUGUCGAGGAGGAAGGGACUAGGGAUUCAGGGAGUGAGAGAGAAAGAGACCAAUGGGGAAAGAUGGGGAGGAGAUGGAAGAGACUGGGAGGUCGACUUCGGAGUAAUAUUUUGAGAAUUAAAGCUUCGGGGGAUGGCCACUGGCCAGAUAUAUAAAUAUUAUUUCUGAAAGCAAAAUUGAUAACGUACAGUUAUGAAUAUAACUACUGUUCCCUGAAGGAGGAACAUACUAUGGAGAGUCAACGACCAUUCAUAUUCCCCUGAAAACUGAAAUCAUGCGCCAAUGGACUGGCCAAUGGAUGGAGAGCCCGCCCUCAGAAGCCCUGCCUUCCUGGCUAUAAUACGGGGGCUCGCAUCCAUUUCCUCAAUUCAGUACCCCUCUUCAGCGAGGCCAAAUCACCUGACAGUGCAGGGUAAAAAUAUGUUAUACCUCAUUACCUCCUUCAGGGAAAAGUAGUUAUUUUCAUACGUUCCCUUUCAGUCGGUCACUCGCUAUAACAUACAAUGGGGACAUACAAUCACGCCCCAAGCCGGCUCAUAGAGUACCAAACUAGGAGGCCCACGGCAGCACAAGCGCACACAGAUUCCACUGGUUCCAAAAAGGGGCUACAGAAGCCACCUUUUUCGCUAAUACUUACCUGAGAAGCCUGAACUGUCAGAGCCUCAUGAGGCCUGAACUGUCAGAGCUCCAUAUAGGGAACCAGAACCUGUUCCAAGAACAAUACUUAUUACCUUGCGAGCCUGAAAUGUCAGAACUCGUACAAGGAACCGCAAGUCCAAAACAACAGAACACCUGUCGUGACUUGGUAAAGUGCACACAAGGGCUGCACCACGGCAGCCCGGGAUCAAACCCACAGGAAACUGUGGUAACCUUGAUAAUGCGCACUUUACGUGCUGCCGCACCCCAAGGCAGCCCAUGGCUCAAUCCACAGGGAAUUGUGAUAAGCUGGAUAAAAGCGCCACACUCCCGGACCCAGGCAUAAGAACACUAUGAGCCACACCGGGAGCAGUUACAUCCACGCAACAAAACCUCACAAAGGUAUGUCGGGAAACCCAUCUCGCUGCAGCACAGAUAUCACCAAUCGUCAUACACAUGAACAAUACCCAAGCAGCCGCCACACCCCCAAUGGAGUGAGGACGCACACCGCUAGGCCUUGUUGAAAGUCAGGGACCUCUGCCAUAUCGUGGAUUCAGAGCUAUCUACAGUUGAAGUCUGAAGUUUACAUACACCUUAGCCAAAUACAUUUAAACUCAGUUUUUCACAAUUUAAUCCUAGUAAAAAUCCCCUGUUUUAGGUCAGUUAGGAUCAAUACUUUAGUUUAAGAAUGUGAAAUGUCAGAAUAAUAGUAGAGAGAAUUAUUUAUUUCUGCUUUUAUUUCUUUCAUCACAUUCCCAGUGGGUCAGAAGUUUACAUACACUCAAUUAUUAUUUGGUAGCAUUGCCUUUAAAUUGUUUAACUUGGGUCAAAUGUUUCGGGUAGCCUUCCACAAGCUUCCCACAAUAAGUUGGGUGAAUUUUGGCCCAUUCCUCCUGACAGAGCUGGAGCAACUGAGUCAGGUUUGUAGGCCUCCUUGCUCGCACACGCUUUUUCAGUUCUGCCCACAAUGUUCUAUAGGAUUGAGGUCAGGGCUUUGUGAUGGCCACUCCAAUACCUUGACUUUGUUGUCCUUAAGCCAUUUUGGCACAACUUUGGAAGCAUGCUUGGGGUCAUUGUCCAUUUGGAAGACCCAUUUGCGACCAAGCUUUAACUUUCUGACUGAUGUCUUGAGAUGUUGCUUCAAUAUAUCCACAUAAUUUUCCUUCCUCAUGAUGCCAUCUAUUUUGUGAAGUGCACCAGUCCCUCCUGCAGCAAAGCACCCCCACAGCAUGAUGCUGCCACCCCUGUGCUUCACGGUUGGGAUGGUGUUCUUUGGCUUGCAAGCAACCCCUUUUUCCUCCAAACAUAAUGAUGGUCAUUAUGGCCAAACCGUUCUAUUUUUGUUUCAUCAGACCAGAGGACAUUUCUCCAAAAACUACGAUCUUUGUCCCCAUGUGCAGUUGCAAACCGUAGUCUGGCUUUUUUAUGGCGGUUUUGGAGCAGUGGCUUCUUCCUUGCUGAGCGCCCUUUCAGAUUAUGUCGAUAUAGGACUUGUUUUACUGUGAAUAUAGGUACUUUUGUUCCUGUUUCCUCCAGCAUCUUCACAAGGUCCUUUGCUGUUGUUCUGGGAUUGAUUUGCACUUUUCACACCAAAGUAUGUUCAUCUCUAGGAGACAGAACGCGUCUCCUUCCUGAGCGGUAUGACGGCUGCGUGGUCCCAUGGUGUUUGUACUUGCGUACUAUUGUUUGUACAGAUGAACGUGGUACCUUCAGGCGUUUAGAAAUUGCUCCCAAGGAUGAACCAGACUUGUGGAGGUCUAUAAUUUUUUUCUGAGGUCUUGGCUGAUUUAUUUUGAUUUUCCCAUGAUGUUAAGCAAAGAGGCACUGAGUUUGAAGGUAGGCCUGGAAAUACAUCCACAGGUACACCUCCAAUUGACUCAAAUUAUGUCAAUUAGCCUAUCAGAAGCUUCUAAAGCCAUGACAUCAUUUUCUGGAAUUUUCCAAGCUGUUUAAAGGCACAGUCAACUUAGUGUAUGUAAACUUCUGAUUCACUGGAAUUGUGAUACAGUGAAUUAAAAGUGAAAUAAUCUGUCUGUAAACAAUUGUUGGAAAAAUUACUUGUGUCAUGCACAAAGUACAUGUCCUAACCGUCUUGCAAAAACUAUAGUUUGUUAACAAGACAUUUGUGGAGUGGUUGAAAAACGAGUUUUAAUGACUCCAACCUAAGUGUAUGUAAACUUCUGACUUCAACUGUGUCUACUAGAACUCAAAGGGUUCUUUAAUGGAAGCUUCUCUAAUGUCAAACAUGUAAAGUGUGGUGUACCGCAGGGCAGCUCUCUAGGCCCUCUACUCUUUUCUAUUUUUACCAAUGACCUGCCACUGGCAAUGAACAAAGCAUGUGUGUCCAUGUAUGGUGAUGAUUCAACCAUAUACUCAUCAGCAACCACAGCUAAUGAAGUCACUGAAACCCUUAACAAAGAGUAGCAGUCUGUUUUGGAAUGGGUGGCCAGUAAUAAACUGGUCCUGAACAUCUCUAAAACUAAGAGCAUUGUAUUUGGUACAAAUCAUUCCCUAACUUCUAGACUGGUAUAAUCUGGUAAUGAAUGGUGUGGCUGUUGAACAAGUUGAGGAGACUAAAUUACUUGGCGUUAACUUAGAUUGUAAACUUUCAUGGUCAAAACAUAUAGAUUCAAUGGUUGUAAAGAUGGGGAGAGGUCUGUGUGUGAUAAAGAGAUGCUCUGCUUUUUUGACACCGCACUCCAAAAAGCAAGUCCUGCAGGCUCUAGUUUUGUCUUAUCUUGAUUGCUGUCCAGUCGUGUGGUCGAGUGCUGCAAGGAAAGACCUAGUUAAGCUGCAGCUGGCCCAGAACAGAGUGGCACGUCUUGCUCUUCAUUGUAAUCAGAGGGCUGAUAUAAAUACUAUGCCGGCCAGUCUCUCUUGGUUAAGAGUUGAGGAGAGACUGACUGCAUCACUUCUUCUUUUUAUAAGAAACGUUAAUGUGUUGAAAAUCCCAAAUUGUUUGCAUAGUCAACUUACACACAGCUCUGACACACACACUUACCCCACCAGACACCAGGAGUCUUUUCACAGUCCCCAAAUCCAGAACAAAUUCAAGAAAGCGUACAGUAUUAUAUAGAGAAGGCUAUUGCAUGGAACUCCGUUCCAUCUCAUAUUGCUCAAGUGAACAGCAAACCUGAUUUUAAAAAACAGAUAAAGCAACACCUCACGGCACAAUGCCUCUCCCCUUUUGCAACAGGAUCCUAAUAAAAAAACAAAAAUACCUGCAAGACAUAAGUAUAACCUUGGGAGCAAAAGCUGCAUUAGGAUGUAACAUCACUUUGGAGUCGCCAGGCUCGGACUCCAAACAGGAAGGGUGUACUGAUAGCGCAUGGAGAUCCCCAACGUGCUUGUCCGAUGCCAAGGCCAUGAACAGGGCAGUCUUGUAGGAAAGGAGCUUCAGGUCCACAGACUCUAGUGGUUCAAACGGAGGCUCACACAGAGUGUUCAUGACCAAAGCCCUGUCCCAGGUCGGCGCCAUGAGCCAACGCACGCCUUUCAGGAACCGCACCACCAGAGGAUGAGACCCCGGGGUAGAGCUGUCCAUCCCUACAUGACAUGCCGAGAUGGUUGCCAUAUAAACUUUCAAUGUGGAAAAAGAAAGGCCCUGCUCAAAAAGCUCCUGCAAGAACAUCAAAAUGUCCACCAAAGAGCUCUGAAAAGGAGAAACUCCUUUAACCUGACACCAACCCUCAAAUGCACGCCACUUACGUAUACAACCCUCUUGUAGAGGUCCAUGCGCCGACUGUAUAGUCGUAAUCAUGUUCGAGGGUAAACUCCUAGCCGUCAAAUUCAACCUUUCAGGGGCCAAACCCACAGAUCCCAUAUCUGUGGUCGUCGGUGCCAAACUCUCCUGUGCACCUGGGACAAUAGAUCCCAACGAUACAGAACCCACCAGGGGUCCCCGCAUAGCGCCCAGAUCCCUCAUUGAGAAGAACAGAGGAUGACACGCAGUGCUCCCCAUCCCAGUAAGGAUGCGUCUGUCAUGAUCAUCCUGCGGGACACUACCUGCGAGAACCACCUGCAACGGCAGUCAUGGGUUAUUCUAAGGAGAACCCACGAAACAGAUGCAUCAACAGCCUGAAACGUAUCAACAGAAGUCCCAGAAGCACCACAGCUAUCAUAAAGGAACCGUGCCAGACAGAGCCGGAAUGCGACCCUCCUUUGUUGGGACAAAAACGCAUGAUUCAGAUCUGAGUCCAGAAACUGAAUGCGCUGAGCCGGAGUCAAACCACUUUUCCUGUGAUUCACUAUGAACCCCAGAGCUCCACCUAUUCCCUCGACUCCGCUUCAACCAGCCAAUCGUCCAGAUAGGCCAAUACUCUGAUCCCCUGGCACAGCGCAGUAGAAAAAGUGUGGGGCGAUAGAGAAAGCCCAAAAGGCAGGACCAGAAACCCGUAGGCCACACCCUCGAAAUGAAACCUCCGAAACUUUCUGUGGUGAGGAUGUAUAGCCACAUGAAAAUACGCAUCCUUCAGAUCUAUGGUUGUGAGCCAAUCGCUGGGACACACCGACUGCAAUAGCCGGCGAAGUGUGAGCAUUUUGAACUUGCAAACCUAGAGGUGCUUGUUUAAAACACGCAAGUCCAGGAUGCGACGCAAUGUUCCAUCGCUCUUGGGAACUAAUAAGUACCGGCUGUACCAACUGCUCUGUAUUUCUGACACAGGGACCACCCGAAUUGCCUGCUUUUGAAGGAGAGAGGAAAUCUCCUCUCUCAAGACAGGCGCUAGGACCUCGGGGACCAUUGACGUAAAGAUGCCAUGAAAAGGAGGAGGAUGCACAGCGAACUGGAGACCGUACCCCAUCAUCAUUGUUCUCAUCACCCAUGGUGAAACUGCACAUGCCCGCCACUGGACGGAGCACGCUGCCAGUCUCCCAUACAUUAUCUCCUAUAUAUAUAUUUUUUUUUUUCAUGCUUGUUUUCAUAUCCACCACCCUUGACAACCAUGUGUCUGAAUGUGGGGAAGCAACUGUGUUUAUUAUGCACAAAUCUGGAUGAUACCGCGCUCUCGAUACCCUUGAACACAGAGGAACCAGGGGUAGAAAUACCCUCUACAUUCAUGAACUCGCCAUAACCUGGUAGCACCAGCCUGGCUGAAUGAGGGGAAUCCCAGGUCGCCUUUAGCUCAUCUGCAAAAUCUUUAAACGGGGUAAGUGACGCUUCACCGCUGCAGGGACAGGAGGUAAAUACCUUCCCCCAAACCUGGAGGAACUCCGCUGAGGGGGAGAAGACGGCCAAUCCACCCCCAGGUGAUCUGCCGCCUUACGACACAGCUCCAUCAAAGGUACAUUAACCACCAAUAGUUCACUCUCCCCCGCCGAAUCCAAAGCCGGGGCUGCCCCGGACUGAUGUCAUCCGAUUCACACUUUGAAAAUCCUCCAGAGCCAACCAGGGAUAGUAUAUCAUCCACGGAAUCUGGACUCUGAACACUGCCAGAGAAACCGGAAUGAACCUCACUCAGCUGGGAUGACACCCCUAUUAACUCCGACCACCGCUGCUGCUCUCUCCCGGCCUCAGAUAACCCCAUUCCCGAGGUUGAUUCACUGGAAAGACUCUUCGCCAGCAGCCCCAAUCUUUCUCACAAAGUCAGCCUGACACCUAAUGGAAGUUGAUUCCAGCCGGAGACAAUGGUCACACAAUCUGGUCCGAGCCAAAGCCUCCUGAGCGUCUUUCCACCCCAGGCAAACAGGACAGCACUCAUGAGUAUCUUUAAUUUUCAUUGUGAAACCACAUGCCCUAGGGCACGGUUGGAGGUUCAAACUCGACUGGUUAGCCUUUUUGAACAUACUCUUACUUAAGCAAGGAAGCACUGGCUAAACAAGCAGAGCAGAAAGUAGUGGGGUAUUAGCAAACACAAAUCCUACCCAAGCAAGGAGCAUUAGCUACACAAGUAGAGCAGAAAGUAGUUAGCUUUUAGCAAACACGAAUAACGAUACCAAUACCCAAAACUCUCAACAUCUAGAGAGACACCUAAGUCAGAGCCGAAUCUCGUAGUCUUUGUGUGCUUGAAAAGUUUGUGAAUUGCAUGACACCUUCUUCCUUCAGGUGAGCUGAAGAGAAAAUAAUUGAGGAAAUGGAUGCGAGCCCCGGUAUUAUAGCCAGGAGGGCAGGGCUUGAGGGCAGACUCGGCAUCCAUUGGCCUGUUGGGCGUGAUUUCCAUUUUUUUCAGGUGAAUAUGGUUGGUCGUUGACUCCCUAUAGUAUGUUAUACCGAGUGACCGACUGAAAGGAAACAGCAGUAUGUUUUGGGGAAUCCAAGUUCGUCGCAUUGUCUGUCACUUUCCUGUAUAUACUUGUGUCUUUCUGUUCACAUCUGUAUGUCUGUCCGUCCGUUCAUGUCUGUCUGUCUGCUUGUCCGUUCACGUCUGUCAGGAUCGUGAAGUUUCCUAACACGCUGAACAAAGAUGACACCCGCAAGGCCAUCAGCAUUGCGUUCUCCAAGUGGAGCGACGUGUCCCCUCUCUACUUCGCUGAAAUCACAAACCCCAACAAGAGUGCUGACAUUAUCAUCGGUGAGACCACAUAAUUCAAUAGAACCUUAUUGGAUCACUAUGGACGAGACAUUAAUAAGUUAAAGGUGUGUGUGUGUGUAUCUCAAUAUUUAUAAAAGUCUUUAAUACCCCCUGCUUUAAAUGUGUGUAUGUGUGCACGUGUGUGUGCACAUGCUUCCAGGUUUCUACACGUGGAACCACACAGACUGCUGGUGGUCUCCAUUGCACCCCUGUUUUGAUGGGCUAAAUGGGGAGUUGGCCCAUGCUUUCCUGCCCCCGCGCGGGGAGAUCCACUUUGACAACCACGAGUUCUGGAUCCUGGGGAAGUCCCGCUUCAGCUGGAAACAAGGUGCAAAGACUCUCUACUCCCUGUCGGUCUGUGCUCCGAUUCUCUACCCUUCCCCCAAAAAGUGUACUCGUUCACUUUCCCCCACCCAUGAAUUUCAAAGGAAUCGAUUGACGUCUAUGACGUCUUUUUAGAUGCUUUUAUCAGAUGUAAACUUGAUGUUGGCUUGAAAAGAGAGACCAGUUGGUUAUAAUCUGGUUGACGUAUCCUCAACCAGAAAACCAGUUUACAACCAGAGAAUGACAUUAAGUUGUCAUUUGCCACAUUUUGCCUGCUGGGUAGGUGCACUUGAUAUUGUGUGCUAGAUGGGCGUGAAGAGUUUGCACUUUUGUACGGACUCUGCUCGCCAGACGAGCUACUGUAAAUCGAACAUACUUCUGUUAUCCCCCAAUUGUAUUUAUUGGUUUUCACAACAUUCAAUAAAUCUUUCAUGUGACAUUCAGUAAUUCCAUUUUAUAAGCACAGCAACAAACAAACAAAAACAAAACACAUACAGCAUAUAGAUGCAUCACACAUAUGUAUCAUACAAUAACACCUUUAUAUACAGGUAACUGCAAAAAUAUAGGAAACACCAACAUAAAGUGUCUUAAUAGGGCGUUGGGCCACCAUGAACUGCCAGAACAGCUCCAAUGUACCUUGGUAUAGAUCAGGUGCGUCAUGCACCCUAAAAAUCUGAGGGGGCACAAAGUAUGGGGGGUGGUAUGUAGGGUGGCUAGGCCCACAGUCCUCAAAUUUGACAAUUUUGAAUUUUUCGAACACCUAAAACAGAUUUUUCCUGCAAUCGAGAGCCAUAAUCAUUAUGCUUAAUUCUAUGUAAAAAAAAUAUGUAUAUUUUUCUGCAUAUCUAAGCAUACCUCUUGAGCUGUCUGUAUCCUCCUGACUGGUGACUAUUUUUUUAAAAUAAACUAAAUAUACUUCUCUGCAUCGCUGCAAAAAACCUUGGUAAAAGAUUGAAAGGCAUGUGAGUCUUAGUACAUUUAGUAGUUGUUUGCUUUUCUAAAGUCUAAGAUAGUUAAAGCUAGCUACUUUAACUUGAUUGAUAGCCUGAAAUGGCUUCUUGGUAGUUAGUUAUGAGGUUGGGAGAUUGGGAACCUAUCUGGGCUAGCUAAAGCCAACUUCACAAAAUUCCUUGGUGGCUAGUAGUAUUACAGAGAAACAAACAAACAAACACAACAACAAAAAUAAAUAGAAUAUAUACAGUGCCUUCAUAAAGUAUUCACACCCGUUGACUUUUUCCACAUUCUAUUGUGUUACAAAGUGGGAUUAAAAUGGAUUUAAUUGUCAUUCUUUGUCAACAAACUACACAAAAUACUUUUUUAACAAAUCCAGAAAAUAUAUUUCCUUAAUCAGUCAAUUGUAUUUAUAAAGCCCUUUUUACAUCAGCAGAUGCCACAAAGUGCUAUACAGAAACCCAGCCUAAACCCCCAAACAGCAAGCAAUGCAGAUUGAAAAACUCCCUAGAAAGGCAGGAACCUAGGAAGAAACCUAGAGAGGAACCAGGCUCUGAGGGGUGGCCAGUCCUCUUCUGGCUGUGCCGGGUGGAGAUAAGAGUACAUGGCCAUUUUGUUCUUCAAGAUGUUCAAACGUUUUUUAUUUUUUUUAUUUCACCUUUAUUUAACCAGGUAAACCAGUUGAGAACAAGUUCUCAUUUACAACUGCGACCUGGCCAAGAUAAAGCAAAGCAGUGCGAUAAAAACAACAACACAGUUACAUAUGGGGUAAAACAAAACAAAGUCAAAAAUACAACAGAAAUACAAUUAAUAUACAGUGUGCAAAUUUAGCAAGUUAUGGAGGUAAGGCAAUAAAAUAGGCUAUAGUGCAAAAUAAUUACAAUUUAGUAUUAACACUGGAAUGAUGUGCACGAGAUGAUGUGCAAAUAGAGAUACUGGGUACAAAUGAGCAAAAUAAAUAACAAUAUAGGGAUGAGGUAGUUGGGCGGGCUAAUUUCAGAUGGGCUGUGUACAGGUGCAGUGAUCGGUAAGGUGCUCUGACAACUGAUGCUUAAAGUUAGUGAGGGAGAUAAGUGUCUCCAGCUUCAGAGAUUUUUGCAAUUUGUUCCAGUCAUUGGCAGCAGAGAACUGGAAGGAAUUGCGGCCAAAGGAGGUGUUGGCUUUGGGGAUGACCAGUGAGAUAUACCCGCUGGAGCGCAGACUACGGGUGGGUGUUGCUAUGGUGACCAAUGAGCUAAGAUAAGGCGGGGAUUUGCCUAGCAGUGAUUUAUAGAUGGCCUGGAGCCAGUGGGUUUGGCGACGAAUAUGUAGUGAGGACCAGCCAACAAGAGCGUACAGGUCACAGUGGUGGGUAUUAUAUGGGGCUUUGGAGACAAAACGGAUGGCAAUGUGAUAGACAACAUCCAAUUUGCUGAGUAGAGUGUUGGAGGCUAUUUUGUAAAUGACAUCGCCGAAGUCAAGGAUCGGUAGGAUAGUCAGUUUUACGAGGGCAUGUUUGGCAGCAUGAGUGAAGGAGGCUUUGUUGCGAAAUAGGAAACCGAUUCUAGAUUUAACUUUGGAUUGGAGAUUCUUAAUGUGAGUCUGGAAGGAGAGUUUACAGUCUAACCAGACACCUAGAUAUUUGUAGUUGUCCACAUACUCUAGGUCAGACCCGUCUAGAGUAGUGAUUCUAGUCGGGUGGGCGGGUGCAAGCAGCGUUCGGUUGAAGAGCAUGCAUUUAGUUUUACUAGUGUUAAAGAGCAGUUGGAGGCUACUGAAGGAGUGUUGUAUGGAAUUGAAGCUCGUUUGGAGGUUUGUUAACACAGUGUCCAAUGAAGGGCCAGAUGUAUACAAAAUGGUGUCGUCUGCGUAGAGGUGGAUCUGAGAGUCACCAGCAGCAAGAGCGACGUCAUUGAUAUACACAGAGAAAAGAGUUGGCCCAAGAAUUGAACCCUGUGGCACCCCCAUAGAGACUGCCAUAGGUCCAGACAACAGGCCCUCCGAUUUGACACAUUGAACUCUAUCUGAGAAGUAGUUGGUGAACCAGGCGAGGCAGUCAUUUGAGAAACCAAGGCUAUUUAGUCUGCCAAUAAGAACGUUCAUAGAAUGCACUAGCCCGAGGGGGCGCUAAACCCCCUCGGGCUGGAACCUCCGUCCCGGGCUGGAACCUCCGUCCCAGUCUCAAUCUCUGGAAGACUGAAACAGGUUUCCCUCAAGAAUUUCCCUGUAUUUAGUGCCAUCCAUCAUCCCUUCAAUUCUGACCAGUUUCCCAGUCCCUGCCGAUGGAAAAACAUCCCCACAUCAUGAUGCUGCCACCACCAUGCUUCACUGUAGGGAUGGUGUUCUCGGGGUGAUGAGAGGUGUUGGGUUUGCGCCAGACAUAGCGUUUUCCUUGAUGGCCAAAAAGCUCAAUUUUAGUCUCAUCUGACCAGAGUACCUUCUUCCAUAUGUUUGGGGAGUCUCCCACAUGCCUUUUGGCGAACACCCAAAUGCGUUUGCUUGUUUUUUUCUUUAAGCAAUGGCUUUUUUCUGGCCACUCUUCCAUAAAGCCCAGCUCUGUGGAGUGUACGGCUUAAAGUGGUCCUAUGGACAGAUACUCCAAUCUCCGCUGUGGAGCUUUGCAGCUCCUGCAGGGUUAUCUUUGGUCUCUUUGUUGCCUCUCUGAUUAAUGCACUCCUUUCCUGGUCCGUGAGUUUUGGUGGGCAGCCCUCUCUUGGCAGGUUUGUUGUGGUGCCAUAUUCUUUCAAUUUUUUAAUAAUGGAUUUAAUGGUGCUCCGUGGGAUGUUCAAAGUUUCUGAUAUUUUUUAUAACCCAACCCUGAUCUGUACUUCUCCACAACUUUGUCCCUGACCUGUUUGGAGAGCUCCUUGGUCUUCAUGGUGCCGCUUGCGGGCGGCAGGUAGCUUAGUGGUUAAGAGCGUUGUGCCAGUAACCGAAAGGUCGCUGGUUCUAAUCCCCGAGCCGACUAGGUGAAAAACCUGUCGAUGUGCCCUUGAGCAAGGCACUUAACCCUAAUUGCUCCUGUAAGUCGCUCUGGAUAAGAGCGUCUGCUAAAUGACCAAUUCAUUCAAUUCAUUCAUUCAUGGUGCCGCUUGCUUGGUGGUGUCCCUUGCUUAGUGGUGUUGCAGACUCUGGGGCCUUUCAGAACAGGUGUAUAUAUACACUGAGAUCAUGUGACACUUAGAUUGCACACAGGUGGACUUUAUGUAACUAAUUAUGUGACUUCUGAAGGUAAUUGGUUGCACCAGAUCUUAUUUAGGGGCUUCAUAGCAAAGGGGUGAAUACAUAUGCACGCACCACUUUUCCGUUAUUGAUAUUUUAUAAUUGUUAUUUUUUUCAUUUCACUUCACCAAUUUUGACUAUUUUGUGUAUGUCCAUUACAUGAAAUCCAAAUAAAAAUAAAUUUAAAUUACAGGUUGUAAUGCAUCAAAAUAGGAAAAACGCCAACGGGGAUGAAUACUUUUGCAAGGCACUGUAAGUGUGGGGUACAGAGAUGGCGUAGUCAUUUAAAAAUCAUGUUAAACACUAUUAUUGCACACAAAGUGAGUCCAUGCAACUUAUUAUGUGACUUGUUAAGCACAUUUUCACUGAUGAAUUUAUUUAGGUUUGCCAUAACAAAAGGGUUGAAUACUUAUUGACUCAAGACAUUUCAGCUUUUCAUUUUUAAUUAACCUUUCUAAAAACAUAAUUCCACUUUGACAUUAUGGG